AUGGCAGAUAUGGAACAAGAAAAGAGAUCUUUAGACUCUGAGCCACCAGAGAAAUCAGCUAAAAAGAUCAAAUUAUCAGAAGUGUCUGAGGAUAUCCCUGAUAAAGGUGAAGAGCAGACUGCUACUAGGGAGACUCCAGAAACUGAUGAACUUGUGGGAGAUGACAAACAAGGCAAUGACGCUAGCUGUGAGGCAGAUACAGAGGAAGGUAGUGCGGUCGGCACCAGUGUCUCGGCUCAGAAGGUUCCCAGCAGAGUGAACCUGCUGGCACAGAGGGAGACAGACGUCGGCAUCACAGAAUAUAUCAGCAAACAUGAGGGGUUCUCAGGCAUCAUCAAACAAAGGUAUUCAGACUUCCUGGUGAGAGAGGUGGAUGUCCAGGGGAAGACUGUCCAGCUGACCGACACAUCCCCACCUGUAGACAGCGGUGCCCAGGCUGCCGGCAGUGUUGACAAUGUGCUUUCUCAGGAAGACAAGCAGAAACUGGAAAACCUGCUGGAAUCAAAGGACAAGUCAGCUACUGUUGAUAUUGAAGUUGGAGAAGACAAGGAGCAGAGAACCCGAGUUCACCACGCCAUCAAGGAGCUCUUCUCUGAACUGCAGAGUGAGACCUUGGAGGUCGGCGACACCAAGGUCAUCAGGGUCAGAUAUGGAAAAGGUUCACAGGCCCGAGUACAGAAAAGGUUCAAGUGGCCCAAAGGCAGACCAGACUACUGUCAGUUUGUCCUGUAUAAAGAGAACCUGGACACCAUGGACGCCAUCAACCUACUGGCUAUGAAGCUGCGGGUGAGGCCUGGCUUCUUUGCAUAUGCAGGAACAAAGGACAAAAGGGCGAUAACUGUACAAGAGGUAACAGCAUACAGGAUAGCAGCAGAAAGAUUUUGUGACCUCAACAAGCAGACAAGAAAUGUAGUUAUAGGAAACUUCAGAUAUACUGAACAGCCCCUAAAGCUGGGGCUUCUUAGCGGCAAUCACUUUACCAUUGUACUAAGGAACUGUACAGGAAGGCCAGAACAGAUAGAAGCUGGGAUGAGCUCAUUAAGAGACAACGGCUUCAUCAACUACUUUGGAAUGCAGAGGUUUGGUACAACGUCUGUGCCCUCACACCACGUGGGCAGAGCCCUGCUACACAGUAAGUGGGAAGAGGCAAUAGAGCUCAUCCUGAAGCCAAGGGAAGGAGAGCACCAGGAGGGGGCAGUGUCAGCCUGCAGGGACUACUGGUGGAAGACGAGGGAUGCCAAGGGUGCUCUGGAGAGGAUGCCGAAGAGAAAUAUGUCCAAGGAUAUAGAGGGCCACCUUCUGCAGGGGCUUGUGAAAAAUGGGAAGGACUUAGUGGGGGCUUUGUCAUCUAUCCCCAGGAACACCCGGAUGCUGUAUGUUCACAGCUACCAGAGCUACAUCUGGAACAGUGUGGUGAGCAGGAGGCUGCAGGAGUACGGCUUCCAGCCAGUGGUGGGGGAUCUGGUGCUGCAGGACAGGAAAGAUGGAGACCAGAGGGCUGAAGCUAAGGCGUUAACAGAGGGAGACUUAGAAAACUGCACCAUCCACGAUGUUGUUUUUCCCUUGUUUGGAUAUGAUGUCAUCUACCCACAGCACAAAGCUGAGGAGUGGUAUAGAGAGAUGCUGUCAGUGGACCAGCUGGAUAUGGACAACAUCAGACACAAAGUCAAGGACUACUCCUUGUCUGGUGCCUACAGGAAGAUCGUCAUGAAACCAACAAAUUGCAAAUGGUCAGUCAUGUAUUAUGAUGAUGUGAAGAUUCCGUUGAUGCUGACAGACAAAGACAUUCUGGAUGGAAAAGAAGCACCUUUAGCUGCAUCAGAAGGGAAGAUGAAAGCCCUGAAGGUUGAGUUCACCUUGCCGCCCUCUACCUACGCCACCAUGGCCCUUCGGGAGGUCCUGAAGACUGACACGUCCAGCGGGCACCAGGCUCUGCUCAACACACAGUAGUCAACAACAGGAACCAACAUACAGAAAAUGAAUCCUCAGCCGCUGUCAGUUCAAAGUCCCUCACAUGGCCUUGGAAGUGGAGACAGAAGCCAUUGGAGUUCCACUUUGUCACAAAGACUGGAUACUACAACUUACACAUCAAUGCCACUGCAUCACCAGAACAAGAGUUAUCUCCUAUAUCUUACACAUCAAACCAUCGCUGCAGGGUCAGUCCAGUGGAGGUUUCUUGUCCUGCUUGUACCGGUACUUGUCCCAGUGGUGGUCCUCCUAUCAACACCUAUAAUAGCCCUUGGUUAUGCUGAUGUCCUCUUCAAUCAUUCUGUCGAUGGAGAAUUCACGAGUCCAGUUUCCUGCUCUACGUGGGCAAUCUGCUCGGCUAUCCUGGAAUAGAAAUGAUGGUCGAUUGAUGAAUUUGGCAGUGAACAUGCUGUGCAAUCGCCAUGCCUACAGCCAGGCUGGACUAAUGGCUUCAUCUGGUUUGGAAAUCAGCUGUUGUGCAUUUGUUUUAUUCCUCAGCAGGAGAGAGAUCAUAGUAGGAGGCUGGAAUUGCCCACAUUUUUGUUGAUGUAUGGACGCUGUUCAGGGAUGUAACAAAAAUGAUUUAACUUGAUCCACUGACAUCUGUUCCCCUGCAUAUUUUGCAUUCCCUAAUUGAAAUUAAUGUGCCAUCAGGCACGGGGCUCUUCUCUGCGGUGCCCUUCAUCCAAACAAAUACCCUCAGUGCUGCGUGGGUAUUGAUUUCCUCAUAACAGGAAAGGUCAUUUUAGAAAUAACAUUCAAAAAGCUGUAAUUCAGACAAAUGCAUUUUGCCAGGCAUUCUGUGUGUUCUAUCCUUAUACUUGCUGGAUGCUGGUACAACAUGUAU